UUUCAGGUAGACUACUAAAAUAGCUACAUGGUGAUAUGCCACGUCACUAACAACCAAAGGCUCUAAACUAUCUCACUUUCACUUGAAUCUUUUUGAAUCGCUGGCAAUUCUGCUUUCUCAGUCAACACUGGCGCUAACGUUAACGUUACACUUAGGUACGUUACAAGAUCGUCUCUACAGUAUAUUAACCAGAUGAUGACAAACUAUGAUUCACAGACAGGAACCAGCCUCCUCCUCUUCUGUUGUUUUCUCUUUGCCAGAAGCCGAGUCCGGAGGAAUGUUAGCAGUUAACAGUUAGCUCUUCAGGCACCAGCUGAAGGAUUAUUCACUUGUUAACGUGAUUAUUUGUUUUACGGUUGUCCUGUUAAAAGAAUGAAUCUACUACCGUCCAAUCCUCACGGGAACGGGCUCAUUUAUGCUGGAUUUAACCAGGAUCAUGGAUGCUUUGCCUGUGGAAUGGAGAAUGGAUUCCGUGUGUACAACACAGAUCCUCUUAAGGAGAAGGAGAAACAAGAGUUCCUGGAGGGCGGGGUCGGCCAUGUGGAGAUGCUGUUCAGGUGCAACUAUUUAGCACUAGUGGGAGGAGGAAAGAAGCCAAAGUACCCGACCAACAAAGUGAUGAUCUGGGAUGACCUGAAGAAGAAGACUGUUAUUGAGAUUGAGUUCUCAACAGAAGUCAAAGCAGUGAAGCUUCGGCGUGACAGGAUUGUGGUGGUCCUGGACUCAAUGAUCAAAGUCUUCACCUUUACCCACAAUCCCCAUCAGCUGCAUGUGUUUGAGACCUGCUAUAACCCCAAAGGUCUGUGUGUGCUGUGUCCCAACAGCAACAACUCCCUUUUGGCGUUCCCUGGCACUCAUUCAGGCCAUGUGCAGAUAGUGGAUCUGGCCAACACGGAGAAGCCCCCAGUGGAUAUCCCCGCCCACGAGGGGGCGCUGUGCUGCAUCGCUCUGAAUCUGCAGGGCACCAGAAUAGCUACUGCGUCAGAGAAGGGGACUCUAAUUAGAAUUUUCGACACAUCUGCGGGUCAGCUCAUACAGGAGCUUAGACGAGGCUCUCAGACUGCCAAUAUUUAUUGCAUUAAUUUCAACCAGGAUGCGUCCCUCAUCUGCGUGUCCAGCGACCAUGGCACAGUGCACAUCUUUGCUGCAGAGGACCCCAAAAGGAACAAACAGUCAAGCUUGGCAUCAGCCAGCUUUCUUCCCAAAUACUUCAGCUCCAAGUGGAGCUUCUCCAAGUUCCAGGUCCCCUCAGGCUCUCCCUGUGUGUGUGCCUUUGGAACAGAGCCCAACGCUGUCAUAGCCAUUUGUGCUGACGGCAGCUACUACAAGUUCCUGUUCAACCAGAAAGGGGAGUGUGCCAGAGAUGUGUACGCCCAGUUCCUGGAGAUGACCGACGAGAAAAUAUGACCUUUGACCACACACCCCCCCCCCCUCCUCUGGAAACUUGCUAUGACACAGCCUGGUUUGUUGUUUCUUUACUUUUUUUUUCUUUUGGAGGAGAUCUCCCAGGCUGCACUUCUCCUUAUCUUGACGGACUCUUGUAAGAGAGCAUCAGAAGAAGGGAGGACAAAGAAAGAGAAGCACAGACUGGGCGCGGGGGGGGGGACCCCUUACAGCCAAGAGGAACGGACGGAAGCACCAAAGGGGACACCGACGUUUGUGUGUCACAGACUCCUUAGGACUGUCUCUGGACAGAGGGACUCCCAAACCAAACAAAAGCGAAAAGAGAGGAAGUUAUUUUUCUGAAUGGACAACAUGCCGCUUUUUAAGACGUCUUCCGAGGAAUUUACAAAAGGACGGUUAUUUUUAAUCACAGAUGAUUGUGAUAGUUAGACGGAUUGAAAACUAUUGAGAUUUUUGUCAACUAACACCACCUUACCUAACUAUAGGGAGUGCCUCGAGACUGGAGAGAAUCUGUAUGUGUGCACAUAUUGUUGUUGUCAUAUAUACAUGUGUGUGUUGUGUAUAUACCAAUGUACCAUAUUAGGUGUCCGCAGAGCAGAAUCCGAAUGAGGUGACAUGAAACCGUUUCUUAUAGUCACUGUAUAAACGCACCACGCCAGACCUAACUUCUAACUACGUACAGCUGUACAGAAUAGUAGCAGAAAAAAUGUCAUUUAUUUUUGUUUCCCUCACUACUUUUUUUCAUACAUUGUGCAAUAUGUUUUUUGUUAAGAGCUUGCGAAGUUGAGCGUUUGUCUCUACCUGACCACGAAAGCUUAAAGAAAUAGUUAACAUGUAUUGGGAAAUAGUUACGCAUUAGCUUUCUUGCCAAGAGUUGCGAGAAGAUAUAAAGCCGGUUAUCUUAGCUUAGCAUAAAGCCUGGAAGCAGCUAGUCUGCCUCUACUAAUUAAAACUUAUCUUCUUUAAUCCUUACAAAAACUGAAACAUAAAGCUGUGCUUCUACAGGGGUUAUGUGCCCGACAUAUAUAUAUAUAUUUUUUUUUAGUAGGGAGCAGUGACUUCUCAAAGUUGUCGUUUUUACACUUUUUGUUUUUUUUGUUCAGAUUAAACGAAAGAUCGGUGUUAAUUGGACAGAGCCAGGCCAACUCUUUCCCCAGGUUUCCAUCUCCAUGCUAAGCUAAGCUGCUGCUAGCUUUAGCUUCAUAUUUAAAAUAAAGUGGUAUCGAUCUUCUCAUCUAACUUCUGUAUUUUCCGCAAUGUUGAACUAGGUCUCUGAGUUUGUUUCUGCUUGAGAGCUAAACACACGCACGGUUUCCACCUUAAAUCACAAAAAGCUAAUGGAUUGGAUGAGAUUCAGCAGCCUAGAUCAACUGUAAAAAUGUGAAUAUUUAGAACCUGGUUCAAAACUGCACUUCAUGUUUUUAAUGUUAACCCAUUAUUAAAUCCAAAGUCUCCUGAAGGAUGAUUGGUUUUGGUUGGCAAGUGUGGCUCUCCUCUCCCAGCUGUAUGCUCCCCUUCUUAUCCUGACAACACGUGUCUGCCUUGUCGGUGUAUCUCCGUGAACUGCUUCACCAUGCCCCUCGGGGCAUCCAUCCAUUCCAGGGUUUCCCCCAGAAAAGUUGUUAAGCCCGGUGGCAAGUGUCUUUAUUUUCGACGAGGGCCCGGCUGGGGCCAGUCCCAGACUGAUUUUAAGCAUUAAUGUAGAGCCCAAUAGUUUCAGUGAUAACAAAUAAUGGACGGAAUUGCAAAACUGCAAAUUUAAAAAAAGCUACAGGGCCCUACGCAUUAAGUCAGUUCUAAAAGUUGACUGGAGAUUUAAAAAAUAUGACCAUGUCUUAAGUUUGCAAACGAGCCGCCCCACUGUAACUGUAGUUUAAUAAACAUCUUAAAAUACAUUAAAAAAAAUAAUUCCCAGUUUGGGCAACUUAGGCCCGGUGGGCCACCAGGCUUGCAAUACACUGGGGGAAACCCUGGAUUCUGCUAAUGCUAAUCAGGGACUCUGAAGUGCUUCGUCAAACCCCGUGGCCAUAACCAGGAGAUGUGUUCAGUGUGGAUCCACCACAGCGGAAAAUGUUAAAGUGGAACUGUGUUAAUGUUUAAUGGAAUAGUUCUUUCUUUUAAUUUGUCCUGUCGAUUGACAGCAUUUGUCAUUUCCAAAACACAUUUUAAUCUGUGUGGCUUUCUGCAUCAGAUUGUACGACGGCAGGUGUCACUCUGUUGAACAUGCACAGCACUUGGCGGUCACUGACCCGUGGGGACGCUGCACAAACUGAAACACCAACUUGUGUCUGACGCACUUGGAAUGAUUGUAAAACCUGCAUUUAAAUUUGUGAAUAAAAUUUAACAUCUGCUUUUACAGUUAAA